AUGCUGUCAGUUGCGGAAGAACCGAUAGAUACAGACGGCGAUGGCAUUCCAGACCAUCUCGAUGAUGAUGACGACGGUGAUGGUAUUCCCGAUCAUCUGGAAAAGGCGGACGCUGAUGGGGAUGGUAUACCCGAUCAUCUUGAUGACGAUGAUGAUGGUGACGGUAUUCCUGAUCACCUUGAAGGAGACAGUGAUGGCGACGGUAUUCCAGAUUAUAAGGAAGAUGCUGAUGGCGACGGUAUCCCAGACUACCUUGAUGAUGACGAUGAUGGCGAUGGUAUUCCUGAUCACUUGGAAAAAGAUUCUGAUGGGGAUGGUAUACCUGAUCACCUGGACAAUGAUGAUGACGGCAAUGGUAUUCCUGACCAACAUGAAAACAGCAUUGGAGCCGAUGGCAUUAAAAAGCCAGGUGAAAGGAUUAUUUACGAAGAUGAUGAAGGUGAAUGCGUUCCCGAGGACAAAGAUGGAGAUGGAAUACCAGACCAUCUUGACGAUGAUGACGAUGGUGACGGCAUACCUGAUGACAAAGAGGACGCUGACGGUGAUGGUAUCCCUGACCAUCUCGAGGGAGACAGUGAUGGUGACGGCAUUCCAGAUUACAAAGAAGACGCCGACGGUGAUGGCAUUCCAGAUUAUCUCGAUGACGAUGAUGAUGGCAAUGGCAUCCCUGACCAUCUGGAAGGGGAUAGCGAUGGUGACGGUAUUCCUGAUUAUAAGGAAGACGCUGAUGGCGAUGGUAUUCCAGAUUAUCUUGAUGAUGAUGAUGAUGGUGAUGGUAUCCCUGACCAUCUCGAGGGAGACAGUGAUGGUGACGGCAUUCCAGAUUACAAAGAAGACGCCGACGGUGAUGGCAUUCCAGAUUAUCUCGAUGACGAUGAUGAUGGCAAUGGUAUCCCUGACCAUUUGGAAGGGGAUAGUGAUGGUGAUGGAAUUCCAGAUUAUCUGGAAGAUGCCGAUGGAGAUGGUAUCCCAGAUUACCUUGAUGAUGAUGAUGACGGUGAUGGUAUCCCUGACCAUUUGGAAGGUGAUAGCGAUGGAGAUGGUAUUCCUGAUUAUCUGGAAGAUGCUGAUGGAGAUGGUAUCCCAGAUUACCUUGAUGAUGAUGAUGACGGUGAUGGUAUCCCUGACCAUUUGGAAGGUGAUAGCGAUGGAGAUGGUAUUCCUGAUUAUCUGGAAGAUGCUGAUGGAGAUGGUAUCCCAGAUUACCUUGAUGAUGAUGAUGACGGUGAUGGUAUCCCUGACCAUCUCGAAGGUGAUAGUGAUGGUGAUGGAAUUCCAGAUUAUCUGGAAGAUGCCGAUGGAGAUGGUAUCCCAGAUUACCUUGAUGAUGACGAUGACGGCGAUGGUAUCCCUGACCAUCUUGAAGGUGAUAGCGAUGGAGAUGGUAUUCCAGAUUAUCUGGAAGAUGCUGAUGGAGAUGGUAUCCCAGAUUACCUUGAUGAUGAUGAUGACGGUGAUGGUAUCCCAGACCAUUUAGAAGGCGAUAGCGAUGGCGACGGCAUACCGGAUUAUAAGGAAGACGCUGAUGGCGACGGAAUUCCUGAUUAUCUUGAUGAUGACGCUAAUGGCGACGGUAUCCCUGACCAUUUGGAAGGUGAUAGCGAUGGAGAUGGCAUUCCCGAUUAUAAGGAAGACGCCGAUGGUGAUGGAAUUCCUGAUUAUCUUGAUGAUGAUGAUGAUGGCGACGGUAUACCUGACCAUUUGGAAGGUGAUAGCGAUGGAGAUGGUAUUCCUGAUUAUCUGGAAGACGCAGAUGGCGACGGUAUUCCGGAUUACCUGGAUGAUGAUGAUGACGGCAAUGGUAUCCCUGACCAUUUGGAAGGUGAUAGCGACGGUGACGGUAUUCCAGAUUAUAAGGAAGAUGCUGAUGGCGAUGGUAUUCCUGAUUACCUUGAUGAUGAUGAUGAUGGCGAUGGUAUCCCUGACCAUUUGGAAGGUGAUAGCGAUGGAGAUGGUAUUCCUGAUUAUCUGGAAGACGCCGAUGGCGACGGUAUUCCGGAUUACCUGGAUGAUGAUGAUGACGGCAAUGGUAUCCCUGACCAUUUGGAAGGUGAUAGUGACGGUGACGGAAUUCCAGAUUAUAAGGAAGACGCUGAUGGCGAUGAUUAUCUCGAUGACGAUGAUGAUGGUGAUGGCAUCCCUGACCAUCUGGAAGGUGAUAGUGAUGGUGAUGGAAUUCCAGAUUAUCAGGAAGAUGCUGAUGGAGAUGGUAUCCCAGAUUACCUUGAUGAUGAUGAUGACGGAGAUGGUAUACCCGACCAUCUUGAAGGUGACAGCGAUGGAGAUGGUAUUCCUGAUCAUUUAGAGGACGCUGACGGUGAUGGCAUUCCUGACCACCUUGAUGAUGAUGAUGAUGGCGAUGGUAUUCCCGAUCAUUUGGAAGAUGCGGAUGGUGAUGGUAUUCCAGAUCAUCUCGACGAUGAUGACGAUGGGGAUGGUAUUCCUGAUCACCUGGAAGGUGACAGCGAUGGAGAUGGUAUUCCUGAUCAUCUAGAGGACACUGACGGCGAUGGCAUUCCCGAUCACCUGGAUGAUGAUGAUGACGGUGAUGGUAUCCCUGAUCAUUUAGAAGAUGCCGACGGUGAUGGUAUUCCAGAUCAUCUUGAUGAUGACGAUGAUGGUGAUGGUAUUCCCGACCAUUUGGAAGGUGACAGUGAUGGAGAUGGUAUUCCUGAUCAUUUGGAAGAUACAGAUGGUGAUGGCAUUCCAGAUCAUCUAGAUGAUGAUGAUGACGGAGAUGGCAUUCCGGAUCAUUUGGAAGAUGCAGAUGGUGACGGUAUUCCAGAUCAUCUAGAUGAUGAUGAUGACGGAGACGGUAUCCCCGACCAUCUUGAAGGUGACAGCGAUGGAGAUGGUAUUCCAGAUCAUUUGGAAGAUGCCGAUGGUGACGGUAUUCCAGAUCAUCUCGAUGUUGAUGAUGACGGAGACGGUAUCCCCGACCAUCUUGAAGGUGACAGCGAUGGAGAUGGUAUUCCAGAUCAUUUAGAAGAUGCUGAUGGUGAUGGAAUUCCAGAUUAUCUCGAUGAUGAUGAUGAUGGUGAUGGUAUCCCCGACCAUCUCGAGGGAGACAGUGAUGGUGACGGCAUUCCAGAUUACAAAGAAGACGCCGAUGGUGAUGGCAUUCCAGAUUAUCUCGAUGACGAUGAUGAUGGCGAUGGCAUCCCUGACCAUUUAGAAGGGGAUAGUGAUGGUGAUGGAAUUCCAGAUUAUCAGGAAGAUGCUGAUGGAGAUGGUAUCCCAGAUUACCUUGAUGAUGAUGAUGACGGCGAUGGUAUCCCCGACCAUCUUGAAGGUGAUAGCGAUGGAGAUGGUAUUCCUGAUCAUUUAGAAGAUGCCGAUGGUGAUGGAAUUCCAGAUCAUCUCGAUGAUGACGAUGAUGGAGACGGUAUUCCCGACCAUCUUGAAGGUGACAGCGAUGGAGAUGGUAUUCCCGAUCAUUUGGAAGAUGCCGAUGGUGAUGGAAUUCCAGAUCAUCUCGAUGAUGAUGAUGAUGGAGACGGUAUCCCCGACCAUCUUGAAGGUGACAGCGAUGGAGAUGGUAUUCCCGAUCAUUUGGAAGAUGCCGAUGGUGAUGGAAUUCCAGAUCAUCUCGAUGAUGAUGAUGACGGAGACGGUAUCCCCGACCAUCUUGAAGGUGACAGCGAUGGAGAUGGUAUUCCAGAUCAUUUAGAAGAUGCUGAUGGUGAUGGAAUUCCAGACCAUCUCGAUGAUGAUGAUGAUGGUGAUGGUAUCCCUGACCAUCUCGAGGGAGACAGUGAUGGUGACGGCAUUCCAGAUUACAAAGAAGACGCCGAUGGUGAUGGCAUUCCAGAUUAUCUCGAUGACGAUGAUGAUGGCGAUGGCAUCCCUGACCAUUUGGAAGGGGAUAGUGAUGGUGAUGGAAUUCCAGAUUAUCUGGAAGAUGCUGAUGGAGAUGGUAUCCCAGAUUACCUUGAUGAUGAUGAUGACGGAGACGGUAUUCCCGACCAUCUUGAAGGUGACAGCGAUGGAGAUGGUAUUCCAGACCAUUUGGAAGAUGCCGAUGGUGACGGUAUUCCAGAUCAUCUCGAUGAUGAUGAUGACGGAGACGGUAUCCCCGACCAUCUUGAAGGUGACAGCGAUGGAGAUGGUAUUCCUGAUCAUUUAGAAGAUGCUGAUGGAGAUGGUAUUCCUGACUACUUAGAUGAUGAUGAUGAUGGUGAUGAUCACCUCGACGAAGAUGACGAUGGUGAUGGUAUACCUGAUAGUCUGGAGGGUGACUCUGACGGUGAUGGCAUUCCCGAUUAUGCAGAGGACGCUGAUGGUGAUGGUAUUCCUGAUUAUCUUGACGAAGAUGAUGAUGGUGACGGCAUACCGGAUCAUUUGGAAAAAGAGGAAGCCACUGUAGAACAAUGUGAGAAAGAUACUUGCCCAGAAGAAGAAGAGGAGCCAGCAGAAACGCAUGACGGCCUUUUCCUUCCUUCCUUCCUUCCUUCCUUCCUUCCUUCCUUCCUUCCUUCCUUCCUUCCUUCCUUCCUCCUUCCUUCCUUCCUUCCUUCCUUCCUUCCUUCCUUCCUUCCUUCCUUUCUUCCCUCCCUCCCUUCCUUCCUCCCCUCCCUUCCUUCCCUCCUCCCUCCUCCCUCCCUCCCCCCCCCUCCUCCUUCCUUCCUUCCUCCUCCCUCCUUCCUUCCUCCCUCCCUCCCUUCCUUCUUCCUCCUUCCUCUAUCCCUUCCUUCCUUCCUUCCUUCCUUCCUUCCUUCCUUCCUUCCUUCCUCUAUCCCUUCCUUCCUUCCUUCCUUCCUUCCUUCCUUCCUUCCUUCCUUCCUUCCUUCCUUCCUUCCUUCCUUCCAGAAUGAGCCUUGA